AUGACUACAAAGAAACUUGCAAAGUUUCCUGACGUUCUACAAAGACAUGGCCGGUCUGUUGCCUUUUUAGGGAAGCGCUCUGACAUCGCUCUGGAUCUGUCCAAUCAGCAGUGGCUCAACUCUGACAAGGAGGUGUCAGCGUCUUUCCGGAGGCAGACCAGGUGUCCGUUCCUCUCCGUGCUACAGCUCCCUUCCCUCUCCAGCCAUCUGAAGAAAAGCUUCCCCCACCUGGAGCACCAGAGGCUCUUCAGAGAAGUUAGAAUAAUGAAGAUUUUGAAUCAUCCCAAUAUAGUCAAGCUGUUUGAAGUGAUCGAGACGGAGAGGACGCUGUACCUGGUGAUGGAGUACGCCAGUGGAGGAGAGGUGUUCGACUACCUGGUUGCACAUGGACGAAUGAAGGAAAAGGAGGCCAGGGCUAAAUUUAGACAGAUUGUGUCGGCGGUGCAGUACUGCCACCAGAAGCACAUCGUUCACAGAGACCUCAAGGCGGAGAACCUGCUCCUCGACGCAGACAUGAACAUCAAGAUCGCAGAUUUUGGUUUCAGCAACGAGUUCACGAUGGGCAACAAGCUGGACACGUUCUGCGGCUCCCCGCCGUACGCAGCGCCGGAGCUGUUCCAGGGGAAGAAGUACGACGGGCCGGAGGUGGACGUUUGGAGUCUGGGGGUCAUCCUGUACACGCUGGUCAGCGGGUCGCUGCCCUUCGACGGACAGAACCUCAAGGAGCUGCGUGAGCGAGUGCUGAGAGGGAAGUACCGCAUCCCGUUCUACAUGUCCACGGACUGCGAGAACCUCCUCAAACGCUUCCUGGUUCUCAACCCGACCAAGCGGGGGACUCUCGAGCAAAUCAUGAAGGAUCGAUGGAUCAAUGCUGGAUUUGAAGAGGACGAGCUCAAGCCUUACACUGAACCAGAGACGGACAUCACGGAUCAGAAGAGAAUAGAUGUGAUGGUGGGGAUGGGCUACAACCUGGAGGAGAUCCAGGAGUCUCUGGCUAAGAUGAAGUACGACGAGAUCACAGCCACCUACCUGCUGCUGGGCAGGAAGGCCUCCGAGAUGGAGCCCAGUGAGUCGGCCUCCAACAGUAACCUCUCUCUGGCCAAACCCAGGCCCAACAGCGAGGUCAACGGGCAGUCGCCGUCACACCUCAAAAUCCAGAGGAGCGUCUCCUCCUCCAAUCACAAGCAGAGACGUUACAGCGAACAAGGUGAGGAGAACGAGGGGAUUGAUGAUGAUGAGGAAGUUAACUGGAUACAGAGGGGUGGAGGCUUAAACAAGUUAAUAAUUCUUUAA